AUGGCUAAUAACAACAUCAUCGUUUCGAAGGCAGAAGGUGUUCCAACGCCGUCACUUUCACAGUCGGCAAGUUUUCGCAUCGAACCGCCAGAGGCCUUCAACUUCUCAACGCCGAACCAGUGGACAGCCUGGAAAAGGAUGUUUCAACGCUUUUACACAGUAUCGGGUGUUAACCAGCAGACGAUGUACAUCAUGGGUCCCCAAGCAGAAGAUGUCUUCCAAACCUUCAAUCUCAGUGACGAACAAACACGGAACUUCGACUACGUCUUGGGAAAGUUUGAAAACUACUUCCGUCCUCGUCGAAAUGUGAUCUAUGAACGAGCCUUUAACAGCAGGGUUCAGGGGGACUCUGAAUCAGCAGACGACUUCGCUACCGCUCUUUACAAACUCGCAGAGACGUGUGAGUACGCUGCUCUCAAGGAUGACUUUAUGCGUGACCGUUUGGUCGUGAGACUACGUGACAAACGACUUUCAGAAAAGUUGCAGUUUCACUCUGCAUUAACGUGGGAGAAGGCUCUCACAACUGCACGGCAGAAUGAAGCAGUAAAACUGCAGCAAGCUGAGAUUUACCCAGUUACUGAUAGCACAGAAGUAGGCCACGUAGCUACCAAACAUGUCGGCAGAAGGUCACACCCUGCGCAGAGGGAGCAGCAACAGCAAUCUACACCGGUGAAUGGCAAAAGAACUAUGAUCAAGCAGCGAACUUGCGGUUGGUGUGGGCGUUUACGUCAUCCUAGAAGCUCUUGCCCUGCAAAGAACGUCACCUGCAAUAAAUGCCAUAAAGGAGGCCACUUCGCAGCAGUUUGUCACUGA